AUGCGGUGGGCAAGGCUUCUCACAAGUCUAGGUUUAGGGGGCCAAGCUCAUCCCGCAGCUGCAGCAGCUGUGGGUGUGGGUGCUUUUGCUGAAUGCGCACGACCAGGCGUGCGUGCCGGUCGGGGCGGGGGACAGAGGAGGCGGAGCCCCGCUCGGCUCAGCUCGGCUCAACCUUGGCAGAGCGCGCUCCGCCCGGGGGCUGCGGAGGUGAACAUCCCCGCGCUCUGGGCCGCCCGGGGCCAACCCAGCCAGACACUUGCGGGGGCUGCUGCAAACGCCUGCUUCUGGUCUCUGUUUACUAGGAAGGCAGAGAGAAAGAGCCGUAGUCCAGGAAGGCAGCACGCGGGCGCACACACACACACACACACACACACACACACACACACACACACUCGGCAUAGCUGGCUCCCCAAAGCAGAGAGGAGAAGCAGGCUCGAUACUCCCCUCCAGCUCUGCAGCCUCGUGGGGCUGAGCCCAAGCCCUUUGUGCGUUUGUUCGCUCUGGGAAAGGUCGGAGGCUGCUGUCUGCGCCGCCGCCACCCACUGCCACCAUCGCCGCCACCGUUACCUAAUCAGACAGAUCCCUACCCUCGGCAUCCAAGAAAUGCGGACAGGCCGGAGGCUUUGUCAGUCCGAUUCUCACCAUGAUGCUGUCCUGGCAGCCUUAAAUCAGCAAAGAAGUGAUGGUGUUCUCUGUGAUGUCACCCUCAUAGCUGAAGAGCAGAAAUUCCACGCCCACAAGGCUGUCCUAGCAGCAUGCAGUGAUUAUUUCCGAGCAAUGUUCAGUCUUUGUAUGGUGGAAAGUGGAGCUGAUGAAGUGAAUUUACAUGGUGUGACUAGCCUUGGUUUAAAGCAAGCUCUGGAGUUUGCAUACACAGGACAGAUUUUAUUGGAGCCAGGAGUGAUCCAGGAUGUAUUGGCAGCUGGAAGUCAUCUUCAGCUACUGGAGCUCCUCAAUUUAUGUUCCCACUAUCUCAUCCAGGAAUUAAAUAGCUUUAAUUACUUGGAUCUGUACAGACUUGCUGACCUCUUUAAUCUCACUUUGCUGGAGAAGGCAGUGAUCGAUUUUUUAGUGAAACACCUCUCUGAACUCUUGAAGAGUCACCCUGAAGAAGUUCUAACACUUCCUUAUUGCCUGCUUCAAGAGGUCCUAAAGAGUGACCAGUUGACGUCCCUAAGUGAAGAGCAAAUCUGGCAGCUAGCAGUGAGAUGGUUGGAACACAACUGCCAUUACCAGUACAUGGAUGAGCUCCUCCAGUACAUCCGUUUUGGUUUAAUGGAUGUGGACACCCUUCAUACAGUUGCCCUGUCUCACCCACUGGUCCAAGCCAGCGAGACAGCCACGGCGCUGGUCAAUGAGGCCUUGGAGUACCACCAGAGCAUCUACGCGCAGCCCGUGUGGCAGACCCGCAGGACCAGGCCCCGCUUCCAGUCAGACACGCUCUACAUCAUUGGCGGGAAAAAGCGGGAGGUCUGUAAAGUCAAAGAACUCCGCUACUUCAAUCCUGUUGACCAAGACAAUGCGCUGAUAGCAGCCAUAGCCAACUGGAGCGAACUGGAGCCGAUGCCCGUGGGCAGGAGCCAUCACUGUGUCGCCGUCAUGGGGGAUUUCCUCUUUGUAGCAGGUGGGGAAGUGGAGCAUCCUACUGGUCGGACAUGCGCGGUGCGGACCGCCUGUCGCUACGAUCCCCGCAGUAACUCUUGGGCCGAGAUUGCGCCCAUGAAAAACUGUCGGGAACAUUUUGUGCUGGGCGCGAUGGACGAGUAUCUCUACGCUGUAGGAGGCCGGAACGAACUGCGGCAAGUUCUGCCCACGGUGGAGCGAUACUGUCCCAAGAAGAACAAAUGGACUUUUGUGCAGUCCUUUGACCGGUCCCUUUCAUGUCAUGCAGGAUAUGUGGCGGAUGGUCUCCUUUGGAUAUCAGGUGGGGUAACCAAUACUGCACAAUAUCAGAACAGACUAAUGGUGUAUGAACCCAAUCAGAAUCAGUGGAUUAGUCGAAGUCCUAUGCCACAGAGAAGAGUGUACCAUUCCAUGGCUGCUGUCCAGAGGAAGCUGUAUGUUCUUGGGGGCAAUGACUUGGACUACAAUAAUGAUCGCAUUCUUGUGAGACAUAUAGACUCUUAUAACAUUGACACAGACCAGUGGACACGAUGCAAUUUUAACCUGUUAACUGGUCAAAAUGAAUCAGGAGUUGCUGUCCAUAAUGGAAGAAUAUAUUUAGUUGGUGGCUAUUCGAUUUGGACAAAUGAGCCUCUGGCAUGUAUUCAGGUUUUGGAUGUCAGCAGAGAAGGCAAAGAAGAGGUAUUCUAUGGACCCACACUUCCUUUUGCUUCCAAUGGAAUAGCAGCAUGUUUCCUUCCAGCUCCAUAUUUCACAUGUCCUAACCUCCAGACCCUGCAAGUGCCUCAUCACAGGAUCGGCAAUGUCUGAGCAUCCCAGAUGUGCUAUUUUAACCAAGCCAAGAGCAGGAGGAAAGAAAAGCUGAAGCUUGACUAUCCAAUUGACUCUGGGCAUUGAGAAUGGAAAGAGUCAGUGCUCAAUGCUUCCUUGUUUUGUUUUAUAUAUCUGUCUUAAUUCAGAUACAUAUUAGUAAAAAAAAAAAUCACAAAACUCUUGUCAACUUUCUCUCUUUUAUCACAUGUCAAUAUAUCAUAUGGUACAUGGAUUUUUUUUUAAUCAUGGUAUAGCUCAUUGACAACCUGUUACAUGCUUGUAUGUGACCCCAUGUGUCUUAAAUACAUUGUUCAUGUGUCUUUCCUGGCUAAUGUUGCCCAGGAUUAUACAAUACUAUCUUAAUUGUGCAAAUUUAUUUCUUGCUAAUGGAAUCACUGAUUCAACAAAAUAAUGAAUCUUCAGUAUUAAAACUUUUCACCAUUAAAAAAAAGGCGCACCAAAAAA